UGAGUAUGAGAGAGCUAAUAGCUGACUGAGGUCCGUGCACGUCCGCCCACAUAUCUUGCAUCUUGCAGUCUUCCCCUCCCUGUCCACGUCUCUCACUCCUGCAUUCUGCGACCCGUGAACUGCAAACCAUCUGUGACCAGCACUAGAAUGGCUGCUAAGCGCCUCAGUUCCGCCCAAGAUUACCAGCGUUUGCUGGAUCGCUAUGAUACCUGGCUGCUCGAUUGCGAUGGUGUGCUCUGGCAAGGCGACCGUUUGGUCGACGGUGUUCCCGAGGUACUAAACCUUCUCCGGGAGCGCAAGAAGAAGAUAUUCUUCGUCACGAACAAUGCAACCAAGUCGCGGAAAAACUACAAGAAGAAAUUUGACCAACUCGGGGUUGCGGCGGAGGUGGAAGAAGUGUUUGGCUCGGCGUAUGCGUCGGCUGUCUACAUAUCAUCCGUAAUGAAGCUCCCGAAGGACAAGAAGGUCUAUGUGAUUGGCAUGAAAGGCCUCGAAGAGGAGCUCGACGAAGAGGGCAUCGCCCACAUCGGCGGGACGGAUCCAGCGGACAACACGCUCGAAGAAUUCCACCUCAAGAACUUCGAGCCCGACCCAGACGUCGGCGCCGUGCUCUGCGGUCUCGACACUAGCAUCAACUAUACCAAGCUUUCGAAGGCCUUCACAUACCUCCAUCGCAACAAAGAUUGCGCCUUCCUUGCCACCAACACCGACAGCACCUUCCCAAGCGCCGAGGGUCUCCUCCCGGGCGCUGGCUCCAUUAGUGCUCCCCUCACAUGCGCGCUGGGCCGGGACCCGGUUAGCAUCGGCAAGCCUGCGAAGACAAUGUUGGACUGCAUCAGGGCUAAGUACCGAUUCGACCCUGAGCGGACCAUUAUGGUGGGCGAUCGGCUGAACACGGACAUCGAGUUCGGCAAGGGUGGAGGGCUCGCAACCCUGCUCGUGCUGACAGGAAUCACGCACGAGUGGGAGAUCACAGGACCGAAUCCAUCGACAACCAUCCCAGACUAUUUCACCAACUCUAUCGGAGACUUGCGCAACGCAAACUAA